UAUCGAUGUGUUCGAUAAUGAUGGUUGCCAUAGUUCACGAGCUAACCUCAACAGCGUUAAUUGGUUAUGGAUAGGAAUACAGGACAAGACUCUUCAAACUACGGGGCGCCUUCAGGACCGCCAAUACAUGGACCACAGCAGCCGCCUGCAACGCAAUAUCGCUUUUCAAAUGAGGAGCUGCGGGUCUUGAGACAGUGCAACCGGGACAGUUUCUACCAGCGCUGCAUCCCAUUAGCAAGCAUCCUGGGUAUUGGAACUUACUAUGGAGUUCAGUCAGGCUACCUGAAGCCUCACUCUCGGUGGGGCGCAGUUCCGAAAGUUACUCUCGCAGCCAUAGUGGGCUACUUCCUAGGUAAAAUUUCCUAUCAAUCGAAAUGCGCUGAAAUGAUGAUGCGCCUCCCGAACAGCAGGCUAGGAGAAGCACUACGCCAGAAGAGAUUGAAAGGGGGAUUCCAAGAAACAAUAACAAUGGAUCCAAACUUGUCCCUGCCUGCUUUUGGUGAUGUUGAGACUUAUUCUGACGUUGGUCCUCAUCAUGAAAUUGACAUGGACCGACCGUAUCAAGAAGGUUUGGAUGAUUCUCAGCGACCUACUCUAGACUCUCCUUUGUCUGAGGAAGAAGGCCUGCCAGCAGGAACUCAGCCAUGGUCAGCAACAUAUGAGGAGCUGCGUAGGAAGAACAGAGAAGAGUAUGAGCAGAAGAAAACCAAGCAGUUCAGAGGUGUCACAAGUUCUGAAGAUGUUCCUGCUGUAAUCCGACCAAGAGGACCUCACCCAGAUGUGCCUCCAAGUCCUCCGCCAGCUUGGAAUCGAGAAAAGAAUCAAUAUGGUGACGUGUGGGAGAAAUAGUGCUUGUGGCAGAUGACUAGUGAAACAGAGAUAUAAUGUGGGGUGUGGCUGCAAGAAUAAGACUGUAUUUGCAUUAGGAAUUAUUCUCAAAUUUCUUGUCAGUAGUAUGUAUACUAAAGUGCAUAGAAACCGGGUUCAUAUAAAUAUAAAACCACAUGCUGUGCAUCGUUGUUA